AAAUGAACCUAUGUGAAGAUUUUAUAGUUUGAAAACGACCGGUGCCGAAUCCCGGUUGGCCUUAUGCAUCUGGACAAGAUUGCCCCUUCGUCGCAACCGAUCUCCACCAUCUCUUUGGUCGACGCUACUCUCCUUUGCCUCAUCCUUCUGAUAUCAGACGCAUCUAGGAGUCGUGAAUGGAUGCAAUAAGAAAGCAAGCUACGCGGCUAAGGGAACAGGUCGCUCGGCAACAACAAGCUGUGUUUAAGCAGUUUGGAGCUGUGGGAUUUGGCGGUUCAGACCAUGCUGGAGCAGAUGAAUCUGAACUCCACCAGCAUCAGAAACUGGAAAAGCUAUACAUAUCUACUCGUGCUGCCAAGCAUUUCCAAAGGGAUAUUGUUCGUGGUGUGGAAAACUACAUUGUUACUGGGUCUAAACAAGUUGAGAUAGGAACUAGACUCUCAGAGGAGAGCAGAAAAUAUGGGUCCGAGAAUACAUGUACAAGUGGGGCUACAUUAUCAAGAGCUGCAUUAUGUUUUUCAAGAGCCCGUGCUCAAAUGGAGAAGGAACGCGGAAAUCUUUUGAAAGCCUUGGGCACACAGGUUGCAGAACCAUUAAGAGCUAUGGUAAUGGGAGCUCCACUGGAAGAUGCUCGUCACCUUGCACAACGAUAUGAUAGAAUGCGACAAGAGGCGGAAGCACAGGCUGUUGAAGUUUUCAAACGGCAAGCAAAACUGAGGGAAGCAAAUGGAAACCCUGACAUGGCAAUGAAACUGGAAGUGGCUGAAUCAAAAUUGCAAGAUCUGAAGUCAAAUACUGCUAUAUUGGGAAAGGAAGCUGCUUCAGCAAUGGCUGCUGUUGAAGGACAACAGCAAAGAUUGACACUUCAACGUUUAAUUUCCAUGGUCGAAUCAGAACGUGCUUACCACUAUAAAGUUCUUCAGAUACUUGAUCAACUAGAAUCAGAGAUGACGUCAGAGCGCCAAAGGAUCGAAGCUCCGACUCCUAAAGUAGAGAGCAUGCCUCCACCCCCGUCAUAUGAAGAAAUAAAUGGUGUAUCUACUUCUCCAAUGCAAAAUGGUGCAACUGACAGCAUGGGUUAUUUUCUUGGAGAGGCAUUGCAUUCAUUCCAUGCUGAAUCUGAUGUGGAGCUUAGUUUGUCAGCCGGAGAUUGUAUUGUUGUUAGAAAGGUUUCAAGUAAUGGCUGGGCAGAAGGUGAAUGCAAAGGCAAAGCUGGAUGGUUCCCUUAUGGUUAUAUAGAGAGAAGGGAACGUGUUCUUGCGAGUAAGGUUGUGGCUGAAGUUUUCUAAGCCAGUGAGGUUAUAUAUGUUGUUGUGUGUAAUAUCUUCCUCAUCCAUUAUGUAAUGAUGAGCAUGCAGCUCCAGUGAUGCUCUGUUUUUCCCAACCCUAUAGUCAACUACUCAACUAUAGAGAACAUUUUCUCAACUUUCUCUAAAGAUAGGCUUGAUUGGACUGGACUGUAUUGUAUUUCGGAAGCUUUGUUUCUAUUUUGUUAUAUGUUUGUAAAUGCUUCAUGAACUUCGAUAUGGUUUAUAUGUGUUCCUCGCUUGGCAGUUGCAAAUCCAAUUUGUCUAUUAUUAAUGUGUGUGCAGCAAAUAUUCAUAUUAAUCAUAUAUCUCCC